AGUGUCGACAGAAGUUAACAACAAAGCAAAAACUUGAAGCAAAAAACUACAAGGUAAGCCAGUGUCUAUGUCGUGUUUUCCUGCAUUUCGUAACUUCACAAUAUAUGUUUGUAACUUCACAUUCUGCUUGUAUUUAGGCCAAUUUCCCAUUUUUUGAAAGUUGUAAAGAUGCUAUUGAAGUACAUAAAUGUCAUCCUACGGGUGGUUCGCCUGCCGCACUGGCUUAUGUGUUAUUGUGUUUAGAGACAGCGAUCAAUGAUGGUAGGUUAUAGCUGACUAACAAGUGAAGUGUUGCAAGUACAGUUGUUAUAUAGUGCGUGUAACAUUCACCUCUGUGAUAUGGAGGCUCAAUUCUGGCAAAGACUAUGUCUACAUGGAUGCUUAACAGACCCCGUUUACACUAGAGCAAAAGUUUUCGGAUUUAUCACGAAACCGGAACGUUUUAGUACCGGAUUCAUGUUGCCGUUUACACACGCAGCUACGAAUCCGACAGCAAAUCUUCUCGGUUCGUGCCGUAUCUGGAAACUUUGAAUCCGGAAAAGUUUGUGGGAAUUACGUUUCCGGAAACAUUUGAAUCCGGAGAAAACUCUCGUGUAUUUAACAGUUAUUCUACGAACUCGAGUCGAAUAUGAGCUGAUAGCCGAUGAGGCGCGUAGCGCCGAAUCGGCUAUCGCUCAUAUUCGACGAGAGUGAGUGGAAUAACUGUUUUAUUAUAUACACAAGGUUUGAAUUCACAGACUUUGCUUUUCGGAUAUUUUCAAUGUUUUUCUAUUUUGUUUAUGUUUUUAUCUUCGCUCUUUCGGCCGAUUAUUUUUUCCAAAAUAUAUAUUUUUAACCAUUUUAAAUUUUAAAAAUUCAUUUCGUAACCUGUAAACAAUUUGUGGGAGUUUUUUCAUUGUGUUUUUAAUCCUGAAAGGGCUAUAAAAAGCGAACAACUUGCCGUUUUCUCGUUCGCAAAACAUCAGAAAUUCAAUUUUAGCCGCCAUUUUGUUUUUCUCUACUAGCAGGAUAUAAGCUAAUAUCCUGCUAGUAGAGAACCAAUCAGAUUGCAGAAUGUGCCAGAUAUCAUUUAAAAAAGGUUCAGGCGUUGUUUUGAGGUUAAAAAUAAUCUGAUGUGUUUAAAAAUGUAGGGAUGUCUAUAAUAAUAAGUUUGUAGACGUUCUCUGGUUUUAAAUAUUUAUUUAGUACAAGCUUUCGACUGCCGUAAGCUCGUACUAAGUAAAUAUUUAAAAACCAGAGAAUAUCUACAAACUUAUUAUGAAUAACCCUGGUUUCGCUUCAAACAUAUUUAUGAUGCUUGUGAUGUUACUCUGAGUGUAUAUCCACACCGGGCAGGCUUGAAAAAUAUGCCUGGCCACGGUAGGAAUCGAACCUACGACCUUUGGAAUACCAGCCCAAUGCUCUGCCAACUGAGCUACGCGGUCAGGUCGGUUCGAGUGUGUGAUAUUUCGAGCAUUGGGCUAGUAUUCUAAAGGUCGUAGGUUCGGUUCCCACCGUGGCCAGGCAUAUUUUUCAAGCCUGCCUGGUGUGGAUAUACGCUCAGAGUAACAUCACAAGCAUCUUAUUCACCCGAGUACAUUACACCAACACAGAAAAUAUCACAAACAUAUUUAUAUUUUCACUUGAAAUGAUGAUCGCAGAGCAGUGCUUUUUACCGAUCGUAUAGAGAAGUGCUUUUUGCGAAAAAGUGGGUUUUACCUUUGAACUUUGUCGGCAAGGCUUUUGCAACUAUAUGCAGGUUUAUCGAUGCUAGACUGUGAAGUUCUUUCCUUUUAUUUCAACUCAAGUCAAAAUAUUAUAAACACCCUAACCGUAAAAAGGGCCCAAACCUUAUAUCAAGAAUAUUCAGUAUCUAGCCGGAUAUUUUUCAACUAUCCGGUAUAUCUGGUAUCCAGCUGGAUAGCGAAUAAUUCUAUACCCCUAAUGCCCAUCCCCUUCAUGUAGGUGAGACGGUCAGUGGAACAUGUCAACAACACAUGAAAGAACUUCAAAAAGAAUUAAUGGAGGAUUACUCCGUCAACCCAGCUAUUGUCGCGAGAUGUGAGAAGGAAAUCAAACUACAUUGUGUUCGUGUUGAAAAGGGAGGAAAGACUCUUGAUUGUUUAAUGGAAAAAGCGAUGGAGAGGAAUGGAAUAGAUAGUCAAAUUGAAUUCAGUCAUGAUUGUUAUGAAGCGGUGCGUUCAUAAACACUUCCCCAAUACCUUAAAUUAUAUUAUACACUGUAGCGACUACGUGUCUUCUGGUUGCCCUGUAGCUUACAGCUAAAUAUGGAAAUCACGCAACCUACACACAAGGUCAAGGGCCUUCGCUCGAAACGUCGAAUUUCUGCUUGUUUUUUUCCUAGACUUGCUCCAAGUCUCUCUUUGAUUGUCAUAUCGAUCCACUAUAGUGUACAUUACAUGCAUGACGUAGCACGGAGAGGCGGAACGAGAAAGAGAGACUUGUCAACUUCGGAAAAUCUCUGUUCAAAACUGAACCGAAAAUACACGACUUGCUUUAAUUGUUUUCCUUCAAUUUCUUUCUUUAUUAUUUACUAUAAUGGAACUCAUGUUAUUUACACUGUGCUAGAUCAAUACAUAUAAACACUGACAGAAAACAAUUAAAGCAAGUCUUGAAUUUUCGGUUCAGUUUUGAACCGAGAUUUUCCGAAGUUGACAAGUCUCUCUUUCUCGCUCCGCCUCUCCGUGCUACGUCAUGUAAUGUACACUAUAGUGGAUCGAUAUGACAAUGAAAGAGAGACUUGGGCCACUUGGAGCAAGUCUAGUUUUUUCCAGGUAGUAAUAUAACCACUCAGCACAGCAAUUUCACAUUGGUACUACCCACACUGGUACAGACAGUUUUAGUAUAACCUACACACAACUCUGCUAGCUGCGAAAUUGAAGCGAAAUAGGCAAUUCCAGCUUUUAGUUUCUGCGCGCAGGGGAGGAUGGGAAGUAAGGUAUCAUAUGCUGCCAAAAUAAAAAUAACGGCCGUGUUAACACGGAGUGAUAACUUAUACUUGUAAAUAUUGAAAUAUUUCGGUUGUUUCGGCAGUUUUUAUUGAAAUUUUCAGCAUAAGCAGCAAUAGGAUACCUUACUUCCCAUCACCCCCUGCGUACAUAACUUAAAAGCUGGAAUUGCCUAUUGUUAUAAUCUAGACUGAUCAUGAGGAUGGUUAUGUCUCAAUUAUGACCUAAAUCAGAACACAUUUUCAGUUCAAGCUAUUGUUUAGUUUGGUACUCAGACAACUUUCAGAAGUUUCAUUGGACUGGCAAACCAAAGGUCGCGGGUUCGAUUCCCACCGCGGUCAAGCCGGUGUGAACACACUCAGAGACAACAUCGCAAACAAAAGUUUCAAUUAUUUAUGCAAUAUGUUUCAUUACUUUUAGAUCAGUGAUUUGCUUAAAGCGACUGGUGCGGGAGGCGACUUCAAAGUUGUUGCAACAUUACGUAAACAAUGUCAAGCACCAGCUUAUAAACUGUGUCGUGAUGCUAACAAUGACAUGGCGUAAGUAGUAACUGUAAAGACAUCUGUCGUUUACGUAGUCUUCAGGAUAAAGUACAAUAGCACAAGAAAGAAGUGCUAUGAACGAGAGGCACGAGAUAGAUAAAUAACUAGACUAGAAGACAGCACACCUCCCCCAGCGAAUUAAGUUCUGUAUGUAUUAUGCAUAAAUUAUACAACGGGUAAUGGACCUUUAACCUUAUAACUAAAAUUUUGAUCUAGACAAAAAUUUCACAGCUUGAAAGAGCAUCACAAAAUUAGUAAUAUUCCGAAGUUUCGUUGUGAAAUGUUGUAAAAUGCGGAUAAUAUAUAGCCCUGCGAAGUUUGCCGUUUUUCAGUCCUUUUAGAUUACAAACGGGAAAUUGAUAUCCAAAUCGGGUGUUUUCCACAAAACGCCAAAAAGGGUGUCCUGUAACCUUAAGAAGCCACGAUUGCAACUUUAGAUCACCCCCAGAGGAUCACCCCUGAUGAAGACACUAGACUGGACUGUCGAAACGUUGGUUCUUGAUUACAAUUCGACUGGGCUUUGCAAUCAUUCAUUUAAAUCAGAGUAGCGAGCGAAACAUGAUUGAUAUACCUGGUUGCAGUGAACGAACAAACUUUGACUUAAUAUUUGUUCUGUUUUAGUGUUUUAUCUUGUCUGAUGGAGAAUGUGGAUCAUAAAGAUUUAGGAGGAGUGUGUCGUGAACAUUUAAUAAAUUUACAGUUUUUCCUUGCGAGAGACUUUCAGUAAGUUUUACAUGUAGUAAAGUAUGCGGGAGGCUAUUAAUUUCAGCCAGGCUGGAAGGGGCUUAUUGGAGUAGAGGUAAGCUUAUUGAUUUUUCUUGACGCAGGUAGGAAGGAAGGCCAUUUCCUGGCGAAUACACCCUUCGAGGAAGUACGUCACUUUGGCUAUAGAGCCUCGUUCUCGUGUAUCUGACAUCAGUUAAGGCCAGUGAACUGUAAUAACACUGGAACGUUAACUGCAGAUAAACAUACCCAUACUUGCCUGAAGCUAAGGUGGCGCUUUUCGCGAGGCUCAGCGAGCAAUAAAUUAACUUUCAAAAGGACUGGGGAGAGUUUCGAGGAGCGGGAAAUUCAGUCAAAAGUUUGUUUUUGAGUGAAAAUCAGCAAGAAUUAAAAAGCACAUUUUUAUCAAAAGGCUUCAACUUUAAAGAUUCAAACCUGGUUUCCUGGAUAGUUCUAAGUAUUUUACAUCCACUAACAACAAAAACUUCCUGGGUAACAGCUUGAUAUUCAAAAUAUUACACAAGUCUGAACGUGCCGAAAAUAACUUCGCACUUUAAUUCGUGAAAAAAUAACUGUAAAACUGCUCUACGUUCUGCAUGGAAACAUGUUUUGUAUUACAUUUCAGGUAUGGUAGAAAGUUUUUAGUCUUUUCCCUUCUUAAAAUACAGGGGCUGGUUGUAUAAAAAGUGAUUAAAGUUAACUUUAUAGUUAGUGGAAACGUCAUCCAAUAAGAAGCGCGUAUUUGAGAGUUGAUCACUAUUUAACUACAAAAUAGUGAUUAAAAAAGUGAUUAAGAGUUUUAUACAACCAGCCCCAGCUAUUUAGGGACUGGUCAUAAUUUAGCAGGAGGGGUGGGGGAGGUGGAAACAGUGAGGGGGGUCACAUAUUUUUUAGCCAGGAAAAAAGGGGGGUUCAUAAAAUAUUAGACAGUCUAUGAAGGCGGGGAGGGGGUCUGCUGUUUUAGUUCAAUUAAUUGUUUUAUACAUGCCUUCUCACAUUUUGUUUGAGUUGCAUUGAAAAAAAUUGAUUCUUUAAACUUAGAAUGAAAGUUUGAAAAAACUAAAGUUUUAUAUGUGACUAUGUAUUGGUAUAAUAUAAAUUUUAGUAUUUGAUUUAAAGUGCAUUAACUAGAAAAUGCAAUUAGAAAAUUUAUUGAAUGCAGGGUUUAGUAGUAGGUAGGUACAUUUUUACUGACACGAGCAAGAGAGGGGGGGGGCAUUAUUUUUCCGGGUUAUGGCAAAGCAGGGUCACAAAAUAUCAUUCCUUAAAAUUUUGAAUUACACCUCCCCACCCCCCCCCCCUGAUAAAUUAUGACCAGUCCCUUAGUGGUCGAAAACAGACAUCGUUUAGGCGGCGUAUUUUCCACUCCAUACGAUGGUGCUCUCCAUUAAGGCCGAUUUACACUGCACAUCUUUUGCCUAAAACUGUCGAAUGCAACCUGCUUACAACUUGAGUUGUACUGUACAAGUUGUACUGUGUAAAUCAAGCACACAACUCGAGUUGUAUGCUUGAUUUACACAGUACAACUCAAGUUGUAAGCAGGUUGACUGCGACUAGGCAAAAAUUGUGCGGUGUAAAUCUGCCUUAAGGAGAGCACUGCGAACAGCAAAGGAAACCACUGUCUGACUACAAAAGCUGUGUGGUGUAAAUCGGUCUUUAUAUUUUAAUUUGCGUAAGUACAAAGCGUGUUUACCUUCAUUUCUUUUUGUAGACUGGAUGAGGCUUUAUAUCGAGCAUGUAAGAAUGAUGCGCAAGAACUGUGUGAUAAUCCUCACAUAGGAGACCCGGACAUGGAUGUGACUCCACACGGAAUGAUAUUAGCGUGUCUCUAUCGUCAUAUUUUGCCCAAUAUGAACUUUGACCCGAAGAAAAAGGUUUGUUAAAGCAACACCACGCUAGAAACAUCAAUGGACCUUUCCCCUUAUAACUAAAAUUUGAUCUAGACAAAAAUUUCAUCACAGCUUGAAAGAGCAUCACCAAAUUAGUAUAAUUCUAAAGUUUCGUUGCGAAAUGUUGUAAAAUGUGGAUAAUAUAGCCUUGCGAAAUUUGCAAUUUUCAGUCAUUUUGUAUUACAAACGGGGAAUUGAUGCCCCAACACCCGAUUGGGCUGUCAAUUUCCCAUGCGUAAUACAAAAUGACUGAAAAACGGCAAACUUCUCAAGGCUAUAUUAUCCGCAUUUUACAACAUUUCGCAACGAAACUUUGGAAUAUUACCAAUUUUGUGAUGCUCUUUCAAGCUGUGAUGAAAUUUUUGUCUAGAUCGAAAUUUUAGUUAUAAGGGGAAAGGUCCUGCCUCGUACCCAGGCGCUUACAUGAAGUAUUCAGGUAGGCAUCCGACGCGCGAAGGGGCUGUUGGGAAGGGUACUCAGCCCCUUCGCCAUCUCUCCCCACUACAAUACUUCAUGUAAACACGUCAUAUGGGCAUCACUGUUUUUUUACAAAGAGACGCCUGGGUACGAGGCAGGGGAAAGGUCCAUUCAUUCACGGUUUUGUGCCUGUAGAAUUUAUUUUUGUGCAGGUGGCCAUGGACCUCACAGUUAAUAAAAACAUUAAAAAGAAACUUUAAUUUAUAAAUACUUAAGAUUAAUCUGGGUUAUAUACAAUAACAUAAAUAUCAAUCUGUAUAUACAAUAUUAUAUAAUACCUUAUUGAAUUCUGAUCGUUUAAUUGGCUGUUUAUGGUCACGUGAUAUUGAAUAGAAAAUUCCAUUUCCCAAGAGUGCAAUGGAAUACGUUCCAUUGCACUCUCUGCGAGUGCAAUGGAAUAAAACGUAUAGUACAAUUGCACUCUUUGUGUUUUCGAUAAAUCGCAUCCCUCAAAAUGCUUCUCAUACGAAUCUAUUAGUCUAUUUUGGUAUUAUAUAAAACAAAUAAUGAAUGUUUUUCGUGCAAUGGUAAGAAUAUUUUCAUUCGGUGAAAGAUGGAAUGUUCCAUUCAACUCGGCUGUCGCCUCGUUGAAUGGAACAUUCCAUCUUUCACCUCAUGAAAAUAUUCUUACCAUUGCACUCAUAAACAUUCAUUAUUUGUAUACUGUCCGCUAAUAGCGAAGCUAAUCGAGGCGGAUAGUAAAAUGAAAUUAAAUAAGAUGUGCUCGAUGUAUAAUAAGAAAUUAUUCCUUAUUUACUUGUAGAAAGUAGCCCAGUAUACUGACAGCACAAAACAAAGGAAGCAUUAUUAACUUUUUAUUAACCGAACGCGAGGUCUGUACAGAGAGAUAUCGGACCGAGGUCUUUUUGUACAUACCGAGCCCGUAGGGCGAGGUUUGCACAAAAAGACCGAGGUUCGACAUUUCUCUGUACAUAACGAGCAAGCGAGGUUAAUAAAAAGUUUAUUAUAUGGCAUUUAUAGGCAUUUAUACUUGAAACAAACAAGAAAUGCACGAUUUGAAAUGCAUAUUAGUAGCGUUGUACACAUUUGGUCGAAGAAAAUAAAAAAUACCAAUGUAUUCCUUCUUUUCCACUAAAAACCAUUCACAGAUAUCUUACUAAUAAGAAAUUAAAUUAUAAUUUUCAAAUUUUCAAUUAGUUUUACUGUUUUGUUUUAAAAUGCAUGCGUUUGUUAGGAAAAAAAUGGACCGCUGAAAGUGCUUCUUAGCCAAUCACAGUCGGCCAUUUCUUUUGUUAUCCAUGGCUUAGAGGACUGUUUUUCAUACGAUUAGAGACUGGUUUUCAGGGAGCGUGUUCGUUGAUUACAUUGUUGAGUUUGUCGUAAAAGGUGAUAAAAAGUUUAUCAAUAUCGUCUUUUUUGUUUGCGAUGAUAGUAUACCAGUUAAUUCGUGCUAUGUCGUCAUUGAGUUUCACAGCCAUUUUCCCUUCGAUAGGCUAUGCACCAAUCAACGGACAGUUUUAGAAAGCUUGAAAAAUCACUAUCCGGGACUGGUUGUUCGAAUGCCGGUUAUCUUAAAGGCACAGUUCAGCCUUUUGAAUGAUGGUUUUUAAGACACAUUUCAGGCCUUUUAAUUGAAAAACUAAUCAGGAAAAUCAAUUAUGCAUAAUUCAAGAUUAGUAAAUUCAAUGUUUUCAUUCAAAAGGCUGAAUUGUGCCUUUAAAAAUCGAAAAACAAUCUUCCCAACAGCCUGUUUAGAAACAUGAAGAUAGUUUUCCACAAUUCAUGUCUGGAUCAAUAAAAGUUUUAUUUUCCAAAGUUUCGGAAAGAAUAGAGGCACAAAUGUACCCAAAUCAAAACAGCGUGUUACAUUUUAACCCAGGUUUAGCGCUAAUCCAGCUUUGAACCAUUCGUACAACCGAUCCCUGGUAGUUUGAUCCGUCAGUGACAGUGGAUGACAGUCAAUGACAGUGGAUGACAAACUUCAAUAUCCUUGCAUUCAUAUUUUCUCAGGUGAGCAAAGUGUGCGUUGCGGAAGUCAUGAGAACCAUGCACCAGAGAGCCUCUGACGUCAGACUGUUGCCUCACAUCCAACUAAGUUGCAUCUCAGAUCUUACUACGCUUUGUGCAGAGAAAGUCGAGCCGGGCGAGGUAUGAUGCUACAUGACGUACUGGUCACUUUUAUUUGAUUAUCUUGCAUCACACGUGUAGAUGGAAUUGGUGGUUUGCAUUAAAUCCCAUGAAAUAUAUAAGACAAAUCUAUGGCGGCCAGGCAUGAUGGAGGAAAACACGCUCCAAAUACAAUAGCUGCUAAUGAGAUUCUUUUGUUAUCGUUCCUCCAACAUGGCCGCUAUGACGCCACCUGCAAACCAGAAUAUGUGAGCAUUUGGAAGUAGCAGCUGGUGUCAACUGCAGAAAGGAAACGAAAUAGUGACAUGAUUGUCAAACAAGACUACAGACUAGUUUCUUCCUCAGUAGUAAUAGUGACGUGAUUGUCAAACAAGACUACAGACUAGUUUCUUCCUCAAGAGUUUGCCAUGGUUAUUAACAGCCAUAACUAAAGUAGAAAAAUGCAUACGUAAUCUUUUUUAUGAACAACAAUACAAUUUACUGUAGCAAGGUUCAGGCCUUAAAAUAUCGGUCGGUCACGGACAUUGUCCGACCCAUUUGUGAAAUUGUCCGACGUAGAGAGGAAACCACCGGACAUUCUGUCCGACCAAAAUGAAACUGAGGUUUAUUGUUUGUCCGACCCGAGUGAAUUGGUGUCCGACCGAACUGUAGCUUUGUCCGACGUAAAUCAAAAUGUACCCUAGCCCAGGACUAGAGGCUUGUAUGUUAAAUGGAAAAUCAGAGUACUAUUGUAUAAAAGGUGAACUGGAAAUGUUGUUUUAACGGAGUCGAGCGCGGGGCGGCGAGCGAAAUGGUGAAGUGGAAAACGGACUUAAGUUGUCGAAGUCUUUUUUUAACACGCAAGUUAAUUUUGGCUUGGAAAUAAGUAUGAAAGAAACAAAUUAUUUAGUAUCUUUACAACAUUUACCGUUUAUUCAUUUGUGUCAUUCAGACUUAUUUCCGAGCCAAAACUGAACUGAAGGUUAUCGGACAUAUGUCCGACCCAAACUCAACGUCACCGGACAUUUUGUCAGACGGCCCUGUAAAAGAUAUUUUAAGGCCUGGCAAGGUUGAGUUUGACCAGGUUCGAAAUAUUUCUUCAGGAAAUCAAGUGUUUACAAGAUAACUAUGAGAAGUUGCAAGAGAGAUGUCAGACAAGUAUUGGAGAAUUUACCCAGGAAGAAAGCGAGGUAAUGUAGAUACAGCAGAUACCUGAAUAUGUAGCAGUGCUGCACCCACACCGAACCUGGCACUGGCCAAGGCCAACAAGGGUGCACCCCCCCCUAUAAAUCCACCACUGAUAUGUAUUUGAGUGGUAAGAAUAUUUAUUCUGAUAGUUUGUUGGUUCUUAAUUUUUUCAGGAUAUCGACCUUGACAAAGCGAUAGUGAAACAUUGUUCUGAGAUGGUGAAAGAAUUCUGCUCGGUAAUUCACUUAUGUUUUUAGUAUGUUGAUCGAUCGAUCAGGCAGUUAACUGGACUGUUCAGUAUAUGUUGAGCAGUUAGUUAGUUGGUCAGUCAGUCGAUUGGUCAGUCGGUAAGUCAAUUAUAUUUUCUCGCAGGACUUGCUAAAGACGAACCAGGCAGAUGGAAUAUUACCUUGUCUUUUUGAGAAUAAAUAUGACUAUAAGAUGGACCGGAAAUGCCGCGCUGAACUAGAUCAUCGAGAACUGGUAAGGAGAUAUUAGACUCGUUCAGUAAGGGAAGUUGGUGGUACGGUGGUUUUUGCGUGUGUCUGUUCACGUGCAACGGAGGUUUGAUCCCUAAAAAGUAGUUGUCUUCCACUUUGACUCUACACACGUUAAAACAGGCAAGCUGUUACGAGGUUGUAAAGUUUGUUCGUUCACUGCAACCAGGUAUAUCAAUCAUGUUUCGCUCGCUACUCUGGUUUAAAUAAAUGACUACAAAGCCCAGUCGAAUUGUAAUCAAGACCCAACGUUUCGACACUCCAGUCUAGUGUCUUCAUCAGGGGUGAUCUAAAACUGCGAUCGUGGCUUCUUAAAUACCCAAGGGAUGACGUCACCUGCCAAAAAGAUGCAUAUAUUCCUCUGGCAAAUAGGCACCGUCAUCCCUAUUCAAAGCAUGAUGACUCAUAUUUAUAUGCCACGCUUCUAGGCAAAGUCUUUGACCAUAGCGAUUGUUUGUGGUAAUUACUUUAGAGUUUUCCCACGCAAUCUCGAACAUACAUGUUCGGCUAAAGCCGAUUUUCCCUUGUCUAAAGUUGAAACAGCCUUUUGAUGUUCUUUUAGCCGUGUACCAAACUGGCGUUUAGACUCUUUGUCGCAGUCACCGCAUGGUAUAGAAUAUAUAGCAUGAGCCUUCUGAUUUGUUUCAACAGGAUCUUUUGGCUUUGCGAAAAUAUGGCAUCUUCUUGGCAGGUGACGUCAUCCCUUGGGUAUUUAAGAAGCCACGAUCGCAGUUUUAGAUUACCCCUGAUGAAGACACUACACUGGAGUGUCGAAACGUUGGGUCUUGAUUACAAUUCGACUUGGCUUUGUAAUCAUUUAUUUAAACCAGAGUAGCGAGCGAAACAUGAUUGUUACGAGGUUGUUGUGAAGUCCAUAUCAGGAUGUGUUUGCUCCCAGUUGUUGUAGCGAGUCUGGAAGAAGUUGUUUUCACUUUGACACGGUUGGUGAUGGUAACAGACUUGCUACAAGUUGUUCCAACAAGACUAAUACAGGCUGUUUGCAAGAAGUUGCUACGAGCUUGUUGUCAUCAACUUACUUACCUAGUUACGCGCAGACGAUAUCAGACUUGUUGGGAGUACUUGGGACAACUUGUUGCGAAUCUGUUGACCUCAUCAACCUUGUUAAAAGAUGAUAACAACUUGUUCCAGACUUGUCAAUAACUGGGAACAAGCAAUGGGAUCACAUCUUAUUGACAAGCUGGGAGAUGUUUACGCGUUUUAAUAGGGCGCAAGUUUUCUCCGGUUACUUCGGUAAAAAACUUUAUAAUCUAAUCCAAUGAAGUUAGCUUGACAGUGAGGUUAGUCUCUCUCGAGACCGCUCUUGAAUUACAGUUUUAUCUUUUGUACAGCAAUUGUAUAUUUCAACUCAUUUUUAGAUCGAGUUAAAAGAUUAUAAGUUUUCAUCAAAGUUCAAGAAAGCAUGUAGGCCGGACGUUCAAACUCAUUGCCCAAAAGCUAAAUCCAAG